AAGGACAACCCCUCAGCACGUCACUAGACCCGAGCGAGAGAUAAAAGAGAGUGAAACAGCCCACUUCCAGCAGAUGUUUGAGCAAGCAGCCUGAAAAUCAGAAGCAACACACGAUAUCCACAGCAGGCACUCCCAUGGAUACCACUGAAAGCAUGCCUGCCGACUUAUCAGAAGCUCUGAAGCUGGCCACGAAGGAGUCACACGAACUGGCUGAAAGCUCUGAAUUUAUGAGAAACUUCCAGAAGGGUCAGGUCACACGGGAUCAGUUUACACUGUUACUGGACUCUCUGUACUUCAUCUACACUGCCCUGGAAGAGGAGAGCGAGCGGAACAAGGACCACCCGGCCUUCGCCCCUGUCUACUUUCCCUCGGAACUGGAUCGGAAGGAAGCCUUGGAGCGGGACCUGGAAUACUUCCAUGGGCCGGAAUGGAGGAGCCACAUCAAGUGUCCGAAGGCCACUGGGAAAUACGUGUCCCGGAUCCAGCAGGUGGGGCGCAGUGAGCCUGAGCUGCUGGUCGCUCACGCCUACAUCAGGUAUCUGGGUGACCUGUCGGGGGGGCAGGUGCUGAAGAAGGUGGCCCAGAAAGCUUUGCAGUUGCCAAGCACGGGCGAAGGGAUCGCAUUCUUCAGCUUUGACCGGAUCACCAACGCAACCAAGUUCAAGCAGUUGUACCGCUCGCGCAUGAACACACUGGAAGCCCACGGAGAGACACGGCAAAGGAUCCUGGAAGAGGCCAACAGGGCCUUUCAGCUCAAUGUGGAGGUCUUCAACGAGCUGCUGCAGCUGGGUACUCAGAACCAGAGGAACAGUGACCUCAUGAAUGGCAGCAUGCUCGGUGACCUGUCAGAAGCUCUGAAGCUGGCCACGAAGGAGAGCCAUGAAUUGGCUGAGAACUCAGAAUUCAUGAAGAACUUCCAGAAGGGACAGGUCACCCGGGAUCAAUUUAUGCUGUUACUGGACUCUCUGUACUUCAUCUACACUGCCCUGGAAGAGGAGAGCGAGCGGAACAAGGACCACCCGGCCUUCGCCCCUGUCUACUUUCCCUCGGAACUGGAUCGGAAGGAAGCCUUGGAGCGGGACCUGGAAUACUUCCAUGGGCCGGAAUGGAGGAGCCACAUCAAGUGUCCGAAGGCCACUGGGAAAUACGUGUCCCGGAUCCAGCAGGUGGGGCGCAGUGAGCCUGAGCUGCUGGUCGCUCACGCCUACAUCAGGUAUCUGGGUGACCUGUCGGGGGGGCAGGUGCUGAAGAAGGUGGCCCAGAAAGCUUUGCAGUUGCCAAGCACAGGCGAAGGGAUCGCAUUCUUCAGCUUUGACCGGAUCACCAACGCAACCAAGUUCAAGCAGUUGUACCGCUCGCGCAUGAACACACUGGAAGCCCACGGAGAGACACGGCAAAGGAUCCUGGAAGAGGCCAACAGGGCCUUUCAGCUCAAUGUGGAGGUCUUCAACGAGCUGCUGCAGCUGGGUACUCAGAACCAGAGGAACAGUGACCUCAUGAAUGGCAGCAUGCUCGGUGACCUGUCAGAAGCUCUGAAGCUGGCCACGAAGGAGAGCCAUGAAUUGGCUGAGAACUCAGAAUUCAUGAAGAACUUCCAGAAGGGACAGGUCACCCGGGAUCAAUUUAUGCUGUUACUGGACUCUCUGUACUUCAUCUACACUGCCCUGGAAGAGGAGAGCGAGCGGAACAAGGACCACCCGGCCUUCGCCCCUGUCUACUUUCCCUCGGAACUGGAUCGGAAGGAAGCCUUGGAGCGGGACCUGGAAUACUUCCAUGGGCCGGAAUGGAGGAGCCACAUCAAGUGUCCGAAGGCCACUGGGAAAUACGUGUCCCGGAUCCAGCAGGUGGGGCGCAGUGAGCCUGAGCUGCUGGUCGCUCACGCCUACAUCAGGUAUCUGGGUGACCUGUCGGGGGGGCAGGUGCUGAAGAAGGUGGCCCAGAAAGCUUUGCAGUUGCCAAGCACAGGCGAAGGGAUCGCAUUCUUCAGCUUUGACCGGAUCACCAACGCAACCAAGUUCAAGCAGUUGUACCGCUCGCGCAUGAACACACUGGAAGCCCACGGAGAGACACGGCAAAGGAUCCUGGAAGAGGCCAACAGGGCCUUUCAGCUCAAUGUGGAGGUUUUCAAUGAACUCCAGAGAUUGAGCUCUGAGUCAGAGAGAAAUGGCACUGUGUACAGGAGCGAGAUCCGGAAACGUGCCGUUGUUCAGGAACGAUCAAUGCACACAGGAGCCACUCAGGAUUUGCCGCUGCAACCACGUGAUUCACUGACCAACAGUCCAGGCCUGCGAUUCGCUCUCCUCUUUGGCUUAGUGGUAGUGUCACUUGGUAUCGGAUGGUAUCUGCUGUGAGCCUGUUGAACAUGAAGCACAGGAUUUCAACCUAAAUGGACCUCUUCUCCUAUGUGUCUGUAUCUGCAGCACUAACUGAAUUGAAUCAUAAGUCAGCUGUGGCUCCAUGGGUAGCAUUCUCAUCUCAUAUUCAGAAAGGUGUGGGUUCAAGUCCCACUCCAGUGACUAGAGCACAUGAUCUAGGCUGACAUCAAAGUACAGUGCUAUACUGACAGAGAUGUUGUCCUUUGGACAAAAUGUUAAAUCAAGAUCCCCUCAGCUCACUUAAAAACUCAAUAGCAAAGUGGAGCAGGGUUCACUGUGCUGCCACUAAGUAUUUAGCACUGAGCCAACCACAUUAAAAUGGAUCAUCUGGACAUUAGCACACCACUGUUAGUGGGAUUCUCAGUGGCUUUCAAGUACUUUAAAGGAAGAAUGAAAAAGGGGGUUUGUCAAUCUUCAUUGAAGCCAUGUGGUGUUCCUGAAAGCUACUCUGCCCCAUGUGUAAAUGAGCCCAUGCAGAAACAAUGCUCCAGAUCAUUGCUGUGGAAGACUGGUUAGUGUUCAGUUGCUCAGGUCCUUCGCUGAUCUUGUUCCUGCACUGUAUCAGAUACUGGAAUAAAAAACUCAGGGAAGUGAAUACAGGAACAGGAAGCAUUCAGAUCCUUGAGCUGGUUCCACUAAUCAAUGAGAUCAAAACUGAUCGGUACACAAAUCUAUUCAUCUGCCUUACUCAAUACCUAUUAAUAUUCUUACUGAAUAAAAGUCUAUCAGUCUCAGUAUUAAAAGGUAUAAUUGAUCCCCACCAUCCACAGCCUCCUGGAGGAAUGUUCAGGUCCAAGUGUCCUGCUCUUUCAGGCAAAGUGCAUCAGACAAUGAGAAAUAGGAAACAAAGAGAAUUUGAGUACUUUUUUAAAAAAUGAAAAUUCCUUUUAAAAUUUUUUGUAUUCCUUUCAAUCAUGAACUGUUGUGGUCGUAAAUGUUAAACUACAAUUGAGAGUUGGAUCACCAUUCUGUGUUCUACCCAGCAGAUGUACCUUUUAGCUGCCUUGGCCAUAAACUUUGUAAUUCCCUCCCCUAACCUCUCCAACCCAAAUCUCUCUCCUCAAACCAAGACUUGGUUAGCAGUCCCAUUUCCUUGCACGGUCUGGCAUCAAAUUUUGUCUGAUAAUUGCUCCAUGAAGCAUGUAAUGUUUUCUAAAAUUAUAAACAUUUUUCUAUUUUUGAUGUUAUAUGUAUAAAUAUUUGUACAAAUUAUUUUGCAACCAUUUCAAUCCAAACUACUGCUUUUGAAUUAAAAUUUAAGUCAAUUGCA